UCAUUGUUUUGAAUGGAGCAUCCUCCCGGCUUGCAUUACCUUCUGUCGGAGGAGAAGGGGGAGCGGUGGGGGCUUGUGGAGGCGUGUACUGCACCGACCAAUUGCAGCCCGCCUCACGCGCCGGACCGCACAUGUUUACAGGCAGCAUUCCGCCGGUAGAGGCUCUGCUCGGUCGGAGCCACAUGCGGACUGGAAAGUUCAGUAGCCGGAACUGGAGUCACCUAACGGCCGUGUUUUCAACCGUUUUCAACGUCUGCGGAGGGAUGCCAGUGCAUAAGGCCGAGCGAGGUGAAAUAAUUCGACGUAUUUGCGUCCAUUCUCCGAUGUCCAAGUCGUUUUUCCACGUAUAAGCCGCCAUUUUGUUAAAUCGUGUACAAAUGUCAUUUCGGUUCCUGGAGGUGGCGGUAGUCCGUGUUUUCCCGCCGCCCCCCCAGCUCGCAGGGAGCAGUGGGGAAAACAAACAGGUCGAACGGAGGAAGACUGCUAGCCGGUUGGAUGUGGAGGUUGUUUAGCGGCGAAUGAGUCGUUUUCAUGUUGUAGGCUCUAGUCGGGUGCUAAUUCAAAGUUCUCCUUCAGUUUUCGGCGCUUUUGAGUGCGGUGCAUUUAGGACGCUGUUUGGAGUUUUCGCCUUCCGAGUAUGUUGCUGCUUUCUAACAUUUUAUCAGGGUUGUUGGAGAGCGUAGUCUACCCGUUGCGGUUUUGUUUUUUUCUCGUCGUUGUUUACCGGUUAUAAUUCGACGUUUAAUGAUUUAAAUUCACCGGUUCGCCGGCUCUGAAUCCAGUGAGACACUUUUAGACAUGCAUACGAGGCGUUUAGUGAAGCGGUCGAUCCUCGGCAGCCGCGUUUAUGCGCCGAGUCCGACGGGGGACGGUGCCCCGGUGACAGGAGUGGUCCAGGCUGUCAAGCAGGAAAACAGAGACGUCUCGGCCGCAGGAGCUCGGCGCAGCGUCUACACCGUGCUCAUGCAAGACGGGAGCCUCAAGGAGUUCUCCGAGGAGGAGAUAGCCGCGGGGUUCAACCACACUGCAGCCAAAGGACCGCUCAAGUCCAGCUUGAAGCAGAGCUCCAGUAACGGAGCGCCAGAGAGCCAGAAGGUGGAAGGCGGCUCCCUCAGCCCAGAGGCAGUGGAGGAGCAGCGGGUGGCGGACAGCAAGCGUGUUGGCCGGGACCCUGACACCCGAUCAGUGUCCCUGCUAGAGCAGAAACGCAAAGUGGUCUCCUCCAGCAUUGAUGUCCCUCAUGCCAGACGGUCGGAGGAGGAAGUGGACAUGGACAAGGUGACGGCUGCCAUGGUGCUGACAAGUCUCUCCACCAGCCCGCUGGUCAGGAGUCCACCUGUCAAAGUCAACGAAGGUCUGAGCGGUUCGUGGAAGGACAACGGCUCAGCUGGCCCCUUCACAUCAUCCAGCAACAGCUCCUCAGGAGGCUACUGGAGCUGGUCUGCCCCCAGUGACCAGUCCAACCCUUCUACACCUUCUCCACCGCUCUCCGCCGACAACUUCAAGCCCUUCCGUGUGCCCAGUCUGGGCGGUGUUGGACCCGGCCCUGCAGGGCCUGAAGACCCCAGCCUGGAUGAGCAGGACGGCAGCAGUCUGCUCUUCGACGAGCCCAUCCCUCGCAAGCGCAAGAACUCCAUGAAGGUGAUGUUCAAGUGCCUGUGGAAGAACUGUGGCAAGGUGCUGAGUACCGCUGCUGGCAUCCAGAGACAUAUCCGCACCAUCCACCUGGGGCGUAACUGUGACUCGGACUGCAGUGACGGCGAGGAGGACUUCUACUACACGGAGAUAAAGCUCAACACAGACUCGGUGGCUGACGGGCUGAGCAGCCUGUCCCCUGUGUCCCCGUCCGUCCUCUCUCCCCCCUCCUCCCCCUCUCCUCUCCCUUCUCUCAGCCAGCUGCCGGACUCCCACAGACCUCCGCAGUCCUCUGACAUCAAGGAGCCUCACGCUGGUGGCACCACCCCGCUGAGCCGCUCUGCACCCAGCGCACUCUACCUCAUCCACACGGACCACGCCUACCAGGCCACGGCUCCAGUGUCCAUCCCGUCCAGCAGCAGUAACUCGGCCGGCUCGGCCUCCACCAGCUUCACUCCCACCAACAGCUCCAGCUUUAGCAUCUCCUGGCAGUCACCGCCCGUCACUUUCACUGGGAACACGGUGUCCCCCAGUAAAAGCCAGAGCUUCGGUGAACAGCGCUCCCAGACCAUCGCCGUCCUCUCGUCCCCUCCCAGAGCCACCACUGCCCUCAGUCGGAAAGUGCGUGGUGAAGGGAAGAAGUGCCGUAAGGUGUACGGGAUGGAGAACCGCGACAUGUGGUGCACUGCCUGCCGCUGGAAAAAGGCCUGCCAGAGAUUCACCGACUGAGAGUUCCCCGCCGACAUCAUGGCGCUCCACGCCAACAGGCACUGCUGCCUUUCGCCAGAGAAAAGGGGGAGGGGCAUCAUUUUGCAUGCAUUUGAUUUUCUUCAGCUCAAAAUUGCAACUGUCCGUCAAGCUCCGGCUCCGCCCCUGUUGUUCUCCCCUGAGCUCCACUGAACCACUCCAGCUGUGGAAGGAACCAAAGGACAGCGGAGUCACCUUUUAUAUUGACGUCCAGGAUUCCCAGUACUGCCUCGCCAUUCCCAUCAUUCCCAGUUUUGGGAAACUCCAGUGCAGCUAAACAGUGUAAAGAAAAAAUAGAUCUAAAGAUUUCUCCUGUUUUUUAUGUUGGGUUCAGUGUUGCAUCUUUCUAUGUUUUGUAAAGCUCUGGUUUUUAAAUGGAAAGUCUUGUCAAAGAAGGGGUCCAGAAAAAAAGGCCAAAAGCUUUUUUGUGUGUUUUGUUAAAAGAAAAAAAAUCUUUUUUAUCCAAAAGAAGAAUGGGCCUCUUUGCUGCAGUUUUCGAAGAACAUUAUGAAAAAGCAUGGAGGUAAAGCUUGCAGUUUUUGUUCUUCCUUCAACGUGUUCAUCUCUUGUUUUAUUUCUGGACUUUUUUGAGGUGGUCAUUUAUCAACGACAUCACAGCCUCUCACCUGCUCUUCACUCCUGACAGCCCCGAGGGAAUGUACAGCAGAGCAGGGAAGGGCAGGUUCACACGUAGAAAGAAAGGGAGGAAUAGAGACACACAAGGUGAAUUAUCAAUGCAAAAAAUAUACAAUUUACAGUCAGGGAAAGCAGAUGGACCAUGCCAGUGAUUUACCACAUAUAAACCGCAACAGCAUUUACACACACAAACACACAAUCAACGCAGAAGACAGGAACUGUUUUCCAUGUCACUUUUUUAUCCAGUUGAUUCAUUUUCUUUGUUUUAUCAGGGAUGUGAUUCUAAAGAAAGCAAAAACCAGCAGCUAAAACUAGGGGUUAUACUGUACACAGCACUAUCUCAAUAGCGUCUCUCUUUCAUUACACGACAACUUUGCAACCAAAAACUCUAUCUUAUUCUUUAUGUUUUUGGUUUUUGUUAAGGUGCCAUGUUUACUGUUGAUGAUGUAGUUAUUUUCUUUUCUCUUUUUUUGGCGAAACCAAGACUGUUUACCUACCACCUGCUAAAGAAAGUGUGUUAAAAGACCUUCCUGACAGCACUGGAAGCAUGAAGUCAGCAGCGUGCGAGGCCAUAAAAAGAUAAACAUCUUUUACCACAUACAGAGAGACAGAUUGCCCUCCUCCUCAACCAACUUUUACACCUUCCCAAAGGGAACAAAAUAUCUUUGUGUUUACGUACGCCCCAGAGGCGCAUCUUGAUGAUAUGUUAACCAAAGGGGGAGGGCUGAAAACCAAAAGUGAGGUACUUGCACUGUAUGUGUGUAUUGGAGCACUUGGUACAUUUGUGGUUAUUUGAGUUGAAAAUGUUUCUGUGUUCCACUAGUCCUUCUCAUUUCCAAAUGUUAUAAAGAAGUAACAGCAAAAAAGCUAAUAUUUGACCACCCAGACGUAGCUACUUCCCCUUUUGAGUUUUGGAGAACGGUGGAAUAAGUUAUAAGGACUUGAUUAGGUCACUCCUGUGUUGUUUAACUCGCACUGGACACUUCAUUCACUUAGCAACAUGCAAGCAAAGCCUUGGCUCAAACUUUCGUAAGAGUCUUUGUGAUCGACACGUAACCUUGUUACUGACGAGGUAGAAAGAGGUAAAGAGUGUGAUUGGUAAAAAAAUAAUGAGGUUAUCUAAUUUGUCAUUUGAAUGUGUUCAUUGGAAUUCCAGCCUCCUUGUUGGCUCAAAGGCAGGAAACAAAAUCACAAGGCCAAAUAGUUUACAGAUGUUCACUUUGUAGUCAUAAUGGACCAACUCUUUUGUCACCAGGGGCUGCGUUCUACUUUAUUACAAUGUACUGAAAUUGAUAGAAAUGUCCUGUGUUGAAGUUGAGACAAAUGUUUCUACCAACAGGCACAUUGUGAUUGUUUCUGCAUUUACUGUCUGCAUUAUAGGAAAUUUGUUUAAAUGCAUGCUGAAGUCUUUAUUGGCAUUGCUGUCACACAGACAGGAUCAUUUUACACCAGAAUUAUUCAAAACCAACACCAGCUAAUAAACAUGCACGCUCAUUUAACAGAACUUCUGCACCUGAAAACCGUAGCUCUCUGUUAUGUUUUCUCAACUGUUUCUCUUUUGUCUAUUAUUUUUCUUUGUGUGUUCAUGUAUAUAUGUAGUUCUUGUAUUUUCUCUAGGCUCCAUGUUUAUGACCAGUUGCCUUGGUCAUUACAUCCGCCACCUUAUGAACAAGACAGGUUCAAGUAUGACAUUGCGUAAUGUACCGUUCAACCUGUCAGGCUACUAUUGUUUUGAAUAUAGAGAUAGCCUUAAAGUCACUCUUUUAAAAAAAUCAUCGUGCUUCUUCUGUCAUUACAUUGAUGUUUCAGUAAGAAAUAUUUAGAUAAUCUCAAAACUGAUUUGCCAUUGUAUUAUGUGAACGUAUUAUUGUUUAAGAAAAGACAAAUCUAUAUAUACACAAAGAAAAAACAUGUUGGAAUUUAGAUUCAAAGCAAAAAUAGACAUUGAUUUGGCUGUUUUUUUUCAUAUAUAUAUAUAUGAAUAUAUAUAUACUGUUUAUGAAUUUUGUUUUCAUGUUCUGCUGAAGGAAAUGUUUGUGGCUGUUGUAACUGUAGGAGGGAGCCCAGGAAUAAUUCUCACUGCAAGCCAAGCUUGUUAUACUCUUUUCAGUGAGUGUGACCUACACGCUCUCGCCUGGAGCUCCUUCCCGUCACGCUCCCCGCUGCUGCCGCUGCUAAGCAGUCAAAAACCAUAGUUGUUUAAAACCUUUAUCUUAUUUCCAAUUCUAGUCUCCCGGUGUCACGCAGGCCCACUUGCAAUUAGUUUGAUUGACAUCUGAGUGUGUUUGCGCCCAUGUUGUGUGCGGUCACAUGCUUCCGUGUGUGAAGGAGCCCCGGGCAAAGUAUGCAGUCUGCCACUGAAGCUGAAGAUGUUUCACACCUUUUAUCAAAUGGCCUGUGGAGUUUCCCUGUCAGAGUGUGUGCAGGUCAAGUCCACUGCCAGGAUCCUGACAAACACACUUCUGGGUUCAAGGAUGUUUUUGUUGUUCCUGGCCUCAGUGGCUGGAUGUGUUUUUUUUUUUAAACUCCAUGCACUCCCCGCCGCCCUUUUUCCAACAUUACGGUGCUUCAUGUUUGUGUUCGGACCAUUUCCUCCAUUGGCAUGUGGAAAAAUCUGGCAGCCAAUCAGAUUCUGUCAGGGUUCUGUCCAGGAACAAGUCCCUACAGUAGUUCAGACCACUCAGAGGUUCUGGCAAGACUGGAUAUUUUAAGUGGCAGCAUCUGCAGGCAGCUAAUUUCAAAAGAAGCUCUCUCUUGAUGCUGAUUCUAGGUCAGUGUCGUGUUGAUCAAAUGGCUAGUAACGAAAAUUGGCCAAAAUAAGCUAAUCUCACACCCUUGUUUCGGGUAAAUCCAAAUGACCUCAAAAGGAUAUUUGCUACCGUAUUUCUCAAACCUGUCCAUCUCCUUGUAGAUCAGUGAGGAACUCUGGGGAUUUGUUUGUGGACUUUGGCCUGGCCUGCAUCGUUGUACUGAGAACAUCUUGAUCCCAUUCAAUGCCGACGGCACAAAGAUGGCCUUAGCAUAAAGGGGCUUUCAAAGACACUCAGCCCAGGUCUGUCUUUGCAUACUAUACAUGCUGGUGCUGUGGCCUCGGUGGGGCAGAAAUGGAGGUGCUAUAUUCCCAUGCAGUGCUGUUUCUCCCAUGUGAUCAUAUUAACUCCAUUUUGUACACAAUGUUAUGCUGUAGAACAUGAAAAUAAAAACACCCUGCCUCAAGUCUA